GACGAGAGUACUUCGUCAGUCAAUUUUAAUGUUCAAGCGUAACACUUGAAUAAAUAUUAUUUGCUGCUUAGAGUUGACGUAUAAUUAAUAUUUAACUAAGAGGAAAAUAAUGUUCAGUUUCACUUAAAGCACAUAAUUGGGCAGUAAAAAUUUGUCACACGAAUGGACAUUAAAACAAAUAAUUGAAAAGUGAAAUUAUAUUCUUAAAUUAAAAGGCGACUGUAGCACUUUACUCUUCCAAAUGGCGCAAAUGGGAAAAACUAUGGAAGAUGUGUUUGGACGUGGUCAAGUCAGAAUACACGACUUUGGUGGAAGUGUCCAGAAAAGCUCAUCGGUUAUAGUUACAAUUCCUGCCCAUACUUCAAUGUCCACAACUUCUAUACCAACAACUGCCAUGAAUAUACACGUAAACGCCAACACUUUGAAGUACAUCAGUUUAAUAACGCUAACAUUGCAAAAUGCAAUACUUGGACUUAGUAUGCGAUAUGCACGUACCCGACCGGGAGAUAUUUUCAUCAGUUCUACAGCUGUGCUUAUGUCUGAGAUAGUUAAACUUGUCACCUGUUUGGUUUUGGUGUUCAAUGAAGAGGGUAAGGACGCACAGAAAUUUGUACGUACGCUGCACAAAACAAUUAUUGCGAAUCCUGUGGAUACACUCAAAGUGUGCGUUCCUUCACUAGUUUAUAUUGUGCAAAAUAAUUUACUAUAUGUGUCCGCUUCACAUUUGGAUGCAGCCACUUACCAAGUGACCUAUCAAUUGAAGAUAUUGACGACCGCCAUGUUUGCUGUAUUCAUACUGCGACGACGCCUUAUCAACACACAGUGGGGUGCAUUAUUGUUGCUUAUUGCUGGCGUUGUAAUGGUGCAAUUAGCGCAAACUGUGGAUGAUAGUACAGGAAGUGCAACAUCAACAGGACCGGAGCAAAAUCGUAUGCUCGGAUUGUGGGCAGCACUAGGAGCAUGUUUUCUGUCCGGUUUCGCUGGGAUAUAUUUUGAAAAAAUCCUUAAAGGCGCCGAUAUAUCCGUAUGGAUGCGUAACGUACAACUUAGUUUGCUCAGUAUACCAUUUGGUAUGCUGACUUGCUUCAUUAACGAUGGACAUCAAAUCGCAAGCGCCGGUUUCUUCCAUGGUUAUGACUUGUUCAUUUGGUAUUUGAUAUUUCUACAGGCGGGUGGAGGACUUAUAGUAGCAGUCGUGGUAAAAUAUGCUGAUAACAUAUUAAAAGGAUUUGCUACCUCCUUAGCUAUAGUCGUUUCAUGUGUAGCAUCUAUUUAUUUAUUCGACUUCAACUUGACUAUACGUUUUGCAAUUGGUGCGGGAUUAGUUAUUGCUUCCAUAUUUUUGUAUGGAUACGAUCCCAAGAAGUCAACUGGAAACGCAAAGCAGACAACAAUGAACGCAGCACAAAAGAAUCCAACGCAACUAGAGGAUGAGGAAAAACUCCUGCCCAGAGUUUAAAACACUCGACGUUUUAAACUAAAAUCAAUUUAGCAAUUGAUUUUCAGUAUUCGAAAUGUAAUUACCAU